CCGUAGCCAUAUAUAGCUUGCUCGCAUAAACGUCAAAAGGAGCGUCUUUUUUUGGGUCUCCGGGGCUGCACCACUCUAGUUUACCUUCUUCCCCUCGCUUGCUCUCUUGUUGCUUGCAAGUUACAGCCUCUCUUGACUCCGGAGAGGAAAAGAUCACCAGCAGCUCAUCGAUUCCUGAUCGUCCCUUCCAUCUUCUUCUGAUCUCUCUCUGUCUGUGAGCUGGUGGGGGGGAUGGACAUGAACAACGGGUGGCUCGGCUUCUCCUUGUCGCCUUCGGCGGGGAGAGGCGGCUACGGCGAUGGCGGCGGCGGUGGAGGGAGCGGAAGCGGCGAUGGAGAUGGCUCUUGCUCGUCCCCGGCCGCAGCUUCGCCUCUCGUGGCCAUGCCGCUGCAGGCUGAUGGUGUCCCUCUGCAGUAUAGCUCUACUACACCAGAUUGGGAGCACGCCGCAGAAGCCAAAGGCCCCAAGCUUGAGGACUUCAUGAGCAUCACUUGCAGCAACAAGAGCAGCAGCAGCAGCAGCAGCCUCUACGACAGCUGCAACCACGCCGCCGACCAGGCCAAGUACCACGAGGUCCACGACCUCCAACCCUUCUCGGGCGGCUCCUACUUCCACGACCACGGCCACGGCAUUGGCCUGGGGAUCAACAUGAACGCGCCGCCCUGCAACGGCUUCCCGGACCACCACCACCAUCAGUUCCUGCCCCACCACGGCGAGUACUUCCUGGGCACCCCAGCGAACCCGAGCCCGACGCCUGGCGCGAUGCAGUCGACGCCGCCGAUGUACAACGCCGCCGCCGCCGCCGCCUCGGCCGGCGGCGUUGUCGGCGGAUCGAUGUCCAUCUCCGGCAUCAAGUCCUGGCUCCGGGAAGCGAUGUACGUGCCGCCGGAGCGGUCGGCGGCGCUGUCGCUCUCCGUGGCGGACGUGCCGGCGGCCGAGCCGCCGCAGCUGCUGCCGGCGCCAAUGCCGGUCGCCCGCAAGCCCGCGCAGACGUUCGGGCAGCGGACGUCGCAGUUCCGGGGCGUCACCAGGCACAGAUGGACUGGGAGGUAUGAGGCUCACUUGUGGGACAACACUUGCAGGAAGGAAGGCCAGACUAGGAAGGGACGUCAAGUUUACUUAGGCGGGUAUGACAGGGAGGAGAAGGCUGCGAGGGCUUACGAUCUGGCAGCGCUCAAGUACUGGGGUCCUUCAACUCACAUAAAUUUCCCGUUGAGCCACUACGAGAAGGAGCUGGAGGAGAUGAAGCACAUGUCAAGGCAGGAGUUCAUUGCACAUUUGAGGAGGAACAGCAGCGGCUUCUCGAGGGGAGCAUCCAUGUACAGAGGAGUGACAAGGCAUCACCAGCACGGGAGAUGGCAGGCCAGGAUUGGGAGGGUCGCUGGCAACAAGGACCUGUAUCUCGGCACGUUCAGCACGCAGGAGGAGGCGGCGGAGGCGUACGACAUCGCGGCGAUCAAGUUCCGGGGCCUGAACGCGGUGACCAACUUCGACAUCAGCAAGUACGACGUGAAGCGCAUCUGCGCCAGCACGCACCUCAUCGGCAACGACGCCGCGUGCAGGCGCUCCCCGACGCGCGCGCUGCCGGACGCGCCGGCGCCCGCCGAGCUGCCGUCGUCUCAGGGCGGCGGCGCCGCGUCCGACAACUCGGACACCUCCGACGGCCACCGCGGCGCGCACCUGCUGCACGGCCUCCAGUACGCGCAGCAGCAGCCGCACCCCAUGACGUUCGAGGCCGGGGAGAGCAGCGGCGGUGGCACCGGCUGGAUGGCCGCUGCCGCCGCCGCCGCCGCCGCGUCGCGGCCGGUGGCCGGCGUCCCCAGCGUGCACCAGCUCCCGGUGUUCGCGCUGUGGAACGACUGAUCGUUAGCAAGCCCGCGCGCACGCUGCUAGCUAGGGUCCGUGCAUGAGGUGUAGCGUAACGUCUUUUGCAGUAGUGGUGAAGAAUUGCCAGUCUUCUGUGACUGCGUGGGAGAUGGCGUUGUGGAAGUCCGGACCCUGUGCAGGUGCAGCCGAUCGAGAUGCAUGUUGCACGGUCGCCGUCUACCUUGCGAGGUGGCGACAAUUUUGCCGCGAUAUGUAAUGGCUCGACACGCAUGCAUCUUUCUUA